AAAAACAAAAAACAAAAAAAAGGUGAACUCUCUCGCAUACGGAGAGCCACUCUCAGAGUCCACUCCUUAAUUAGAGGAUUGUACACACACACACACACACUCACACUCACAUAUACACAUUCAUGGCUUCAACACUUAUUCUCCAUAAUUUUUGCUGUAUUUCACACAACUCUGCAACAUGUUACAAGAAACAAACCCUAGCUCUGAACCCUUCUCAGUUUCUUUCGUCCAAUUCCCUUUCAUUGUUGAAGAACCAAUCUUUACUCUCAACCAUUCAUUUCAAGAAGCUCAAAACCCACAAAUUUCACUCCAUUCCUGUCGUCUUCGCUGCACAGUCCAAUUUCUUGAAAGUUCUUCAAACGGUAUGGAAGGUGGGUAAUGAUGGAAUUGAAGCUGGAGCCAAUAUGGUGCCUGAUUCUGUUCCAAGACCAAUAGCAAGGAUUUCUCUUACUGUAGUUGCUGUGGCCCUUGCACUUUUUGUUCUCAAAUCGGUUUUGUCUACAGCUUUCUUUGUGCUGGCGGUGAUGGGACUCAUAUAUUUCACAUUUAUAGCCUUGAACAAGGACGAUGGCCCAAAAGGGGGAGGAGGCACUACUACUACUACUGAGGAGGACAGCUUAGAAGAAGCGAGAAGAAUAAUGGAAAAGUACAAGUGAACAAGGCAGGAGUGACGGUUUGUUGAGAAUAUGAAAAACGUUAAUAUCAAUGUGACGGUUAUGCUUCUCAAUAGUUACCUCGCCCUCUCUUGUACUUAUAAUUUUCCUGUGGUGUAUAGGUUGUGGGUAUGCAUCGGUGGGAUGAUGAUUUCUAUCAUUACUUCAAUUUCAUAUUAAAAUUCCAAGCAUAUUCGUUUUGACAACGUAAUAUUGAUCAAUA